AUGGCCACGGCGUCGGUCGACCAUCUCGCUGUCCCUCCCUCGAGGAAACAGUCUAAACAUGACUCGAAUUCCGCUCCGUCAACACCUCUUCCUGCCACGCCGGGCACAGCGCGCUCGUUUAGCAGCUUCAUGUCCACGGCGACGACGGCGAAACGAGGACGGGGUUACAAGCCAGAUCAAGACUUGGAUUCAGAUAUAGACGAGUGUAGAUAUGCACUUCAACUCUUUCUAGAGUCACGUAUGCUCGAGUCGGAGAUGCUCCUCAAAAACGGCGACCCAAAACUCGAGAGAUUAUAUAUUGCCACGGGCUAUGGACUCAUCCAGAGCGUAAAGGCAUUCAUGUCUUAUGAAGACAAGGACUUGGGCGCCGCGCUCGAGAUGAUGAAGACGGGCUCAAAUAUCGCGUCAAAACAUCGUAAACAACUCUCCCUCGCCUCUCGCGUCACCGGUCUCGUCAUCGGCACAAACCCCGUCCCAUUUUACAAGUCACUCUCUCCAGUCCAACGACACGCAGAGCUCGUCUAUGCUGAAUGUCUCGCUCAAAAGGCAAUCCUAGGCAUUGUCUAUUCCGGAGAUUGGCUCGCGUUUAUUAAAGAGGCCAUUAAUAUGCGCACUUGUAUCGGCAUGUACAAGAGUAUGCUCCAAUAUCUCGAAGCCAUUGAUGCCGAGGCUGUCGAGCAAGGAAACGGUCCCAUCGACACGUCCGUCGACGCGCAUUUCCGCUCGGGUGUCUAUCUUGGCAUGGGCGUCACUCAUCUCAUUCUCAGUCUUCUCCCCGGUCGUAUCAUCCCCAUUCUCGAACUCUUUGGCUACAAGGGCGAUCGAAAGACGGCACUGGACCUAUUAGGACGUGUUGGGGGUUGGAAAAAGGGUCAGCUCGAACCAGACGUUUCCAGAGAACAAGAAGGGCUACGGCGUAGUCUAUGCGACAUGGUUCUCCUCAUUUUCCACCUCGUCUUCUCUGGCAUCACUUACAAUGGCAUCGACAUUGACUUUGCCGAACAGAUCCUCGAGUGGAACGCCAAGCGGUACCCAUCCGGCGUCUUUUUCCUCUUUGGCCAAGGCCGUCUCGCCCUCUUCCGUGCGGACCCCGAACGCGCCAUUGAGCACUAUACGGCCGGGAUGGAGGUUGUGCAAGAGCAAUUCAAAAGUUUGCAGGGAAUUUCUCUCUGGGAGCUUGCAUUUGCGCAUCUUGCCAUGUGGAAAGUCCCCGAAGGUAUCCAAUACUGGCGACGGCUCAAGCUAGAGGCCGGGUGGAGUAAGGCUAUUUACACCUAUGGUCUCGCAGUGUCGUUGUACGAGAGUGGAAACCCAGAACAGAGGGAAGAGGCGAACAAGAUGAUGGAAGAGGUUCCGGGCUUGUUACAAAAGAUUGCGGGCAAGAGUAUCCCUCUCGAGAAAUUCGUCUCUCGAAAGGCGCGCAAGUUCAAGUCUCAAGGGAGUCGUCUACUUUUACCCGCGCUCGAGUUGGCCUAUGUCUUGAUUGCACUGGCACGGUCGCCGCGGAGCGUCUUGACGGACAAGAUGCUCCCGCUCAUCAACAAUGCUAUUGGCGUCUUACGGUUGCACGAGGAUAGUCCAGAGACGUAUUGCGCCACGGCCGAGCCAUCUGGAAAGGACGAGGAUGCCAAAUCGCGGAUUUCGGUAAACGAAAAGCAGAAAGAGACUGCUGUGGCCAAGAAUGGGUUUUGGGAUGAUUAUUGCCUUGCCCAUUUCUUACGCGGUGUGUGUUUACGGUUCAUCGAGUAUCCGGAUCCAUAUGCGACGACAAAGGAGGUGAACACGGUACCUAAUGCGCCCGAGUUGGCCAAAGAGUCGUUUGAGUUUGUGCUCGAGCAUGGGCCACAGAUUGUAUACGAUCAUCAUUUGGUCUACUGGACGCAUUACGAGCUUGGGCGACUCGAGGCGCGGAAUGGAAACAAGGAAGAGGCCAAGCGGCAUUUAGAGCUCGUGCUCUCUGGCAAGGUUCUCGAGGUGAACUGGAGUGGACGGAGCGGCAAGUACAGUCUGGAGAAUGCACUUCACGUGCGGACGAAUGCGGCGCUCGAAGGACUUGAGAAUGAUAGGCCUCUCUGA